CUCUAACGAACUGCAAGCAAAGUGUGGAAGCAGUGAGUCAGACGAAUUCGACGCGUGCAGAAAAAUGGGCUUCCUAUCCCAUGUAAAUAAUAUAAGAGAAACUUUUUCGGACACGGAAAGUUUUUAAGUACGCACUAAACGAAGACUGGUCUCAUAAGAUGGUGUAAUACGGUAUGGCCUUAUAAGUUAUGGUCUACUCAACAUAUGUUAACGAAACCCAAACAAGUGCCUUUAGCAACGCUAACAAACCUGGCAACCAGCACCCCAGCAACAGCUGUGCAGCCCCCCCUUACCAGCAGACCUAUGUAAUUGGAGUCAACCUCGGCCUUGCACACCCCUCCACUAUCACCCCCACAUUCAAGCCAGCAGUCACCCCCACUUCCUUUGGAACACUCAGCGAGCAGGAAGCAGAAGUGUCACUGCUGUCUCGGGGUUCGGUUGCUCUGACAGGGCUGCACCGCGAGCUACCAGGAGGGCCGUUGGAGAACCAGGCCAGAGGCCAGCUGUGGGAAGACCACAGCCCAGAAGAGAGGGGGCGGUGGGUGGACACCAGCAAGGCACAAGGUGUCCCAGGAGGUUCCUGUUGGCAGCGAGAGAAGUUUCGAGACGGAGGAAGGAGGAAGGAGGACGGCGGAGAUAAAUACUUGUCCGACUGCUCCCUACUGCCAUGUGGGCGGAAACGUGAGGCUGAUUGCCCGGGAGGGAGAGCCAUGCAGAUAGUGGAGGACGUGUCCAUGCUACCUGCUGCCAUGUUGCAAACUACCGCUGGGAACACGAACGCUGUCGACGUGGAAGGAGGAGCUCCCAAGCAGGGUGGCACCGUGCCGGGGACCGGGGUGUGCUCCAGGCCCGGAGCCGGGGACGGAGACUACCAGCUGGUGCAGCACGAGGUGCUGUGCUCCACCAAGAACAGUUACGAGGUGCUGGAGUUCCUGGGCCGCGGGACCUUCGGCCAGGUGGUGAAGUGCUGGAAGAGGGGCACGGGGGAGGUGGUGGCGGUGAAGAUCCUGAAGAACCACCCGUCGUACGCGCGGCAGGGCCAGAUCGAGGUGGGCAUCCUGGCGCGGCUGAGCGGGGAGAACGCCGACGAGCACCACCUGGUGCGGGCUCUGGAGUGCUUCCAGCACCGCAGCCACACCUGCCUGGUGUUCGAGAUGCUGGAGCAGAACCUGUACGACUUCCUGAAGCAGAACAAGUUCAGCCCGCUGCCCCUCAGGGUGAUCCGGCCCAUCCUGCAGCAGGUGGCCACAGCGCUGAGGAAGCUGAAGAGCCUGGGCCUGAUCCACGCUGACCUGAAGCCGGAGAACAUCAUGCUGGUGGACCCCUCCAGGCAGCCCUACAGGGUCAAGGUCAUAGACUUUGGCUCGGCCAGCCAUGUGUCCAAGGCAGUCUGCUCAACCUACCUGCAGUCACGAUACUACAGGGCUCCAGAGAUCAUCCUCGGUCUGCCGUUCUGCGAGGCCAUCGACAUGUGGUCGCUGGGCUGUGUGAUCGCUGAGCUCUUCCUGGGAUGGCCCCUCUACCCUGGGGCCCUGGAGUACGACCAGAUACGCUACAUCUCCCAGACUCAGGGUCUGCCGGGGGAGCACAUGCUCAACGUGGGCACCAAGACCUCCCGCUUCUUCUGCAAGGAAUCCGACUCGCCCUACGCUGCCUGGAGGCUCAAGACCACAGAAGAGCACGAGACGGAGACCAGGCUGAAGUCCAAAGAGGCCAGGAAAUACAUCUUCAGCUGUCUGGACGACAUAGCCCACGUGAACCUGCUGCUGAACAUGGAGGGCUCUGACCUGCAGGCUGAGAAGGCCGACCGGAGGGAGUUUGUGAGCCUGCUGAGGACGAUGCUGAUGGUGGACGCCGAGCAGAGGAUUUGCCCCUCUGACGCCCUCAGCCACCCCUUCACCACCAUGCAGCACCUGCUGGACUUCCCCCACAGCAGCCACGUUCAGUCGUGUUUCCACAUCAUGGACACGUGUCAGGCCCGGCCCAACGCGUACGACACCCUGAACCGCAACAAGACCUCCUUCUCCAGGCCUCCCAUCCCCUCCUCCACCUCCGGCUUGCCCCUGGCCUUCAACAGCAUGGCCCCUGUCCACUCACAGGCCAUGAGGCAGUCAGCUCCCUCGGUGAUGCACUCUGGGAUAUCUCUGCAGACAGGAAGUGCCCAGUUUGGCUGCAACGACUCCUUCCAGCCCGCCCUCAUUCUCUGCCCACCCACCCUGCAAGGAAACCCCACCCAGCCCGGAGGCUAUGCAGUCAGGAUGGAGAACACCAUUCCCCUGGUCACCCAGGCCCCCCCCAUCCAGCCCUUACAGAUGAGGCCGGGGGUCAUUGCACAGCAGCCGUGGUCCAGCAGGGGGCAGCAGAUCCUGGUGCCGGCCUGGCAGCAGGUGGCCCCUCCCAGCUCCCUGGCCUCAGACGGCGGCCCGCAGAGAAUCAGCGACUGGGGGAGAGUCCGGACCCACAGCAGCCAUUACAACACUGUCAUGCAGCAGCAGCCGCUCCUGACCAAUCAGAUGACGGCCAUGUCCGCCCCGCAGCCAAUCAACAUCGGCGUGGCUCACGUGGUGUGGCCCCAGCCCUCGUCCAACAAGAGGAACCGAGCCAGUCACAGCAGGAGUGUGAACGCCGCCCACCAUAACGACGUCCACAUCUCCAUGUGCCGGACACCCAAGACGGCCGACGGGCUCGGCCCACAGGCCGGAGGGGAGUUCCCUCACAGGGCGGGGCCCGCCGUGGAGCUGGCUGUGGAGGAGGAAGAGAAGCCGGUUGUCCCACGCGGCGAGGAGGAGGAGGAUGUAAGCUGCUGUAAGACCAGCCCAGACUCUGACCACCAGCAUCACCACCACCACCAUCAUCAUCAGCAGCAGCAGCCGCAACAGAACCACCACCACCACCACCACCAGCAGAGAGAGAGCGUUGUCAUCGGUGACAUGCCCAGCCCGGCUCCCAGCGUGAUCAGCAUCAGCAGCGACACAGAUGAGGAGGAGGAGUCAGACCACAGGUGCAAAGAGAGCCCUGACUGCGAGGCGUGUAAGGGUGGUCUGGACAUGGAGAGGGUGUGUUCUCUCAGCAGUCCUGACAGCACCCUCAGCUCCGGCUCGUCCGCCUCUGCCUCGCUGCAGUCCAGCCCCGAGCUCCGCAAGAGGCCCAACAGCAUGUCAGAGGAUGACGGGCAUGAGAGCGGCUGUGACACUGUGGAUGAGGGCUCGCCAGCCUCGGACUCGUCCCACAGCCCCUACCUCGACCCCCAUUACCUGGGCAACCACAACCACCCGGCCAUCGCACGCCUGGCCCCUUCCACCCAGCCUGGGAGACCCCGCGUGAGGACCAUGGUGGUGCCACCCAUGAGGGUGCAGAACUCCAGAACAGCCUCAGAAUCCUCGUCCCAGUCCAGAGGGCGCUGCGCCCCCAGACAGAACCCCCCGCCUGGCCCCUUCCAGCCCCGCCAGCAGAAGAUGGUUUUCCAGCAGCAGCCUCCGAGCCUCGGCCAGGUGCAGCAUUACGGCUCCUGUCACAAAGAGUGGAACGGCAACUUUGGCCCCCGCCGACCUCACGCCUACAUCCCUCCCACUGCGCACGGCCACGCCUUCACCCUGCCCCACGCCAGCCCCACCCACACCUCGGGCCCGCCCCCUUCCCACACCCUGCUGUCCUACCCUCCCUCCGGCCCCGCCCUGGCCCACCUCCUGGCUUCUCCAGCCUGCGGCUCGCGGCCCCUCCUCCAGCACGCCUACGGGCUCUCCCACCCCGGUGGCAUGGUGCACCAGGUCACCCUGGGCCUCACUGCCCCCCACCGGCUGCUCCCCUCACCCACCGUGUCCCACCACCACCACCAUCACCCCCCGCAGGGCCAGUUCAAGACCCUGUUUCCCCCUCACUCCUACAUGGCCUCGCCCGGAUAUACAGGCUUCCCCCUCAGCCCCACCAAGCUCACCCACCACCAGUACUCCUACAUCUGAGGCCAGAGCUCAGGUCCUGGGCUGAGCUGGCUGGCCAGCACUGAGGAGGAGGAGGAGGAGGAGGAUAUGGACACAUCUGCCAUCUCCACCAAGUCAGGACAUGACACAGCAAGUGUGGAACGUACAGGACUGUUUGACAAACAUGUCUGUCCUGGCAGAGGAACCAUCAAUUCAAUCAGAAGCUUUAAAACAAAACUAUACAUCGUUAAAUAGGAAUGAAUGAACUGGGGAAUGAUGGGAGGGGGGGGGAGAACAAAGUUGAGGAAGAAAAAAAAGAAUCACUUUAAUGUGUUUUCCACAUUUGCUAUAUUUUGUCAUAUUCGAUCAAAUGCCCCACCUAUAAAGGGUUUGAUUUUAAAUGGGUGACGGGGGUGUUGUGGUCAUCACUGUCUAUAUAGCCUUCUAGCACCUGUGCUAGCCAGUCACAUCUCUACUUGUUACUCCAUCCCACUCUCCAUACCAGUCUCCACAGCUAUCUGUGUGCAACGUUGUAACAUGUCCCCCCGCAGCGAACUGUAUGUGCAACGCUGCAACCUGUCCCCCCACAGCUAUCUCUGUGCAACAUUAUAACCUGCCCCCCCCCCCCCUUUACCAGCUAUCUGUAUGUGUAAUGUUAUAACCUGUCCCCCCCCCACAGUUAUCUGUACAUGCAUCACACCUGUCCCCAUACCUACUAGUGCCUUAUAUAUGGGAUUGUUGUUGAUGACUUCAGAGGUAUAGAGUUCAGUAUGGAACAGCUCUGUACUACAGCACUUGAACUUCAGACAAGAUCUGAGAACCUCACCCCCCCCCCCCCCCCCCCCCCCCCCCAAGCCCUGUCUCCUUCAGCCUGUUGUGUUUGAGAAGACAUGGGUCUUCACUACAGUUUACUGUCACUGUUUGGGGAUGGUGCGCUUCGGCAACAUGAUGAUUGGGUGUUGACUCCCCCGCAUGAGUUUUGUGUACAUAAACGAGACAUGAACGCCGUAAUAUUUGAUAAUCGAUAGUUCUAGUCACAAUGAGUACUUAAUUACUAACAGUAUUGACACUGUUGAUUGAAACUGCAAUACAAUCUAGAUCGGCCGUUGGUUUGCUGUGUUGAUGUUCUACUGCUCCCUGUGUUUAGUUUGACUGGUGUCAGGUAUGGUGUUCAUACCUGAGCAGAAUGCCUUUCUGAUCUCCCAUCUUCUCAGUGUUUGAAUGAUCAUCUAUUGACCUGCCUGCAGUACUAUCACCAUCGCUUAUAGUCCACGUCAACUGCUCAUUUCAUACAUUCCGUCAGGGAGGAAAUGUUUAUAUUUUUCUGUGUUUUUGUUUUUAUUUAGCCUGCUAGUGUUUGAGCAGUAGGAAAAUGUCAAACAAAAAUGCUUUGUUUUAGCACCAAAGACUGUAAAUCAUUUCCUAAGCAAGGUGGUAGCUAAUCCUUAUUUCUCUAUUGACCUCAAGUAUACUGUAGUUGUAGAGACAGAAUAUAUUAAGAGAAAUAUAUUUUAAAAUGGUUGAGGUUUAUUUUUUAGCUUUUUGGUGAGUUGUAUCUGGAAUGUAUUAUUAUAGAUGAGCUGCUAUAUACUGAUUGCCACUUCUAAUAGCUGUGAAUUUAGGGGGUGAAUCUAGUUUGUUUUGUGCUUUCUUAAUUUUCUUUAUUUCUAGCGUAAUUAUCUAAUAAAUAGAAGUGGGUAUUAUUUUAGUAUUGAAUGGCAUUAGGAUUAUGUUAGUGCCUAUUUGCUUUGAUGUUUGAAGUGUGAUUGUAACUACUGUAUUGCAAGUUAUUGACAUAUUGGUGUGUUUUUUUAAUUUGUUUAUCUUAUUAUUUUGUUUUGGUGUGUGCAUUUAAUUUAGCAUCAGUAUUUUAUCUUGACUAAGUUGGGCUCAUCCUUGCAUACAGUACCCAAUGUGUUGACCUAUGUCGCUUUUAGUUAUUUCAGUGACAGUUCUUUCUAGAUGGUAAAGAAAAAAAAAAAGCAGCAUUUGCAUAGUGAUUGGCAGAAUUGAAAAUGUGACGCCAUGCCGUUUCUAGAGCUGCACCUCUCCAGCUGGACCUGUCCUUUAGACUGGCUACAGAGAUGCCUUCACCUGACAUAACAAGCACUUGGCUGCACCCUCAGGAGCAUGUUUCCUAAACACAGAUCAGGGCUGGUCUUGGUUUACAUCCCACCUGUCAUCCCAGCAGCCAGGACUGGUAUUCAUCAUAAACCUUCCCACAGUAUCCUAACCUAGUGCCUUUCAAGGAGACUGGUUCAGACUAGUUGCCGAUCAUCUAUGUCCCCCGUCCCCCCGUUGAGGCGAAGGAGAUUGCAUGAGGUCUUAAUGAUGCCACAUGACUUUUCUAUAGACUCCUACACAGAUACAAAGUCAGGGAAUAUUUGUACACUCCUUACUAAAGACACGUUCUGCUCCACACACACACAACAACCACGUCUGUCUUUUGAGCAGUUUUACAACGGGAUGUUUGAAACAAGACUCCCGAGAGACAUUCUAAAAACCUGAAAUAUUCUAGAACUGCUUCCCUUUCCAGACUGUGGGGAUGUGAACCCAGCUUUACACAAAUGCAAAUGCUUUAUGUACACUGUGAAUGUAUUUGUUGAAGUUGAACUGUGUUGGGUUUGCAGAAGCGUCUUCGUGUCUUGUUGCUGUGAUCGAUGGCUAAGCCGAUAAUCCAUUUCUGUAUUUAGACAACUAUUAGUAAAUGUAUGCAGCUGUCGCUAUAGCAACAUCCGCUUGGGUGAGGUAACAUUUGUUGGUGUCUUGCUUUAACCACCGAAGUACAAAGAUUAGGUCCAAAGUUACUCAAUAUUCAUCGGUCUCCGUAUGUAAUCUGUAUUGUAUUAUUUUAUUGUAUUAUGAUUUUACAAUUUGCAUUUGCUAUGUUUAAUUCAGGGUCUUUCAUGAAUCUUUCUAAUAUGCUCUUUUGAAUUAAUUAUUAAUCCUUACCACUUGGUUUGAUUGCUUUUGGAUCUGGUUUGCAGUAAUUUCACCUGCUUAGUGAAAGUGAUAGCUACCACACUCUUCAGGUAUUGGAUAAUAUAUGUAGACUACACAAACAUGUAGACUUGAUUGCUAAAAUUGACCUGUUACUGUUUUAAUGUGUAUUUUUUGUGGCUUUAUGAUCAUGAUUUGUUUGCUUUUGAUUUUAUGCUACGCUAGUUUACCAUGUAGCAACUGCACUGUGCAAUAUAUAUGAUAUGAGGACUGGGGUCAAAUGUUUUGGAUGUAAUGUCUCUUACAGUGUGCGGCUGUAUUUUGCUCUAGUAGUUCUCAGUGAUUUCAAUGUGACCAAGCCUUAUGUACUUUGUCACAAAAGCGGGUUUUUCCUGGUGACUAUAUUGGUGAGUGUCAAAUUGAGAAUUGAUGGUGUACUAUUGUCAAGAUUCACUUUGAAUAAAAAAAAAAGCCUUGCUUCA